AUGCCCGUCAUGGUGGAAGACGUCAUGAAGCUGUUGUGCACCCUCUCUGAGAAGAGAAAAAUGAGAGUGGCUUUCAAGCACUCGCUCAAGGGCGCCCUGGUCGCAGGAGCUGUGGUAUUCAUGGGUGGCUUGCUGGGUGGUCCACCAGGAAUUGUUAUCGGUGGGUUGGUCGGGGGCCUGCUAGGUUUCUGGAUGAUGAGUGGACAGUUCCAGCCCGUGCCUCAGAUCCUAAUGGAGCUGCCCCCGGCCGAGAAGCGGAAACUCUAUAAUGAAGUCCUUGCCAUCAUGCGGCAUGUGAACUGGGAUGACCUUGUUCAGCACGUCAUGCAGGGGAAGGUCAGCGAGCCCGUACAGAAGCUGCUGGCCAUGUUGGCACGCUACUUCAUCAAGAAGCUGCCGGCCAAGAUCCGCUAUGAUGAAUAG